UCAAAGCUCACCUCCCCAGAUCCCGAUCUUCAGCUGGGACUUGUCCAAGUUCUCCACAUAGUCUCCGAUGAACCUAUUGAGCAGGUCGCUCACCAUAGACUCGAAGACCAUGACUGACAGCUCCGGGUCGGACCCUGUGGAAGAGCCUGGACCUGGUUUCCUGCUCUGAUGAUAGAUCAGGGAUCGACUCUCUCUGGGUUCGAUUAGCGUGUGUGAUCGAUUAGUGCUGUCUGCGCGCUCACAGAGGGGAGAGUGAGGGAAUCAUCGAUCAGUCAGUGUGACAGAAGAAGGAGGACGCUGCAGUCGAUGCAUCAUGGAUGUGCGUCCUCCUUCUUCUCUCUGAGACGUGCCGACAGUUUGAGGACGCCUGAGGCCGUGAAACCUCACCAUGCACAGGGCGGGAGCUCAGUUUGUACGAUAGUCUCAAGGUGUUACAGGUUGGAGCUGGAGGAGCAUGUACGUGUGGAGCUGACCCCGUCUGCAGAGGAUGAUAAAAGUCCCCUUGUCAGGUUUCCAGACGUAGUCUCAAAAAAGAGGCCGAGCUGACCUGGAUCUCCUGCAUACUGACUCUUUCAGAGAGAGGCAGCUUGUGUUACGUUCAGGGUUUUUAGUUCAGGGAGGAGCAGCAGGGAGACCAAAGGAGAGUCUCAGGGGGUUCAAAUCCAGAGGGCUGUGGGUUUCAGGCAGGAGCAGGUUUUUGCAGACGCUGCAGCUCCCGGGUAGUCGAGUCUGAGGACAAGGAACGGGUGCAAGUCGCCACUCUGGUGAGUGGACGCACUCCCUGACUGUCAAGGAGUCUGAGAUCAUCGUCUUCCUCCUUGUCCAGAACCAGACCAGGGGAGGUCAGCACAGCAGGUUGAAGGCCUUUGUUGCAGCUGGUGAAGUCUGGAGGUUGCAAUCGAGUGUCUCAUCCUGCAGCCAGUGUAUGAAGCGGCUCAUGACGGCAGGUAUAACUUCUUCCUUCUGCUACUCUUUGCAGCUUUGACACCGUCUCCAGGACUCACGGCGACCUGGCUCCUGACCUGUGGGAGGAGCCUGUCUUCAUAAAGUCUGUGCAGAGAGGACAGGAAGCUUCUGACCCUCUCAAACAUCAGGAACUCAUGUGGGUCGCCCUUCGCCAGCUUGUGAUGAUGUGCUGUCGCUCCACACUGACCUCUAGUGUUCACCUGCAGCGCCUCACCUCAGUGUUCCCACAGCAACAGCUCAACCUGCAGCAUCAAGUGCACAUCGUGUUGUUGUUGUUGAUGAUGAAGAUGAAGAGACGUCUCAUUAACCCCGCUGAUGGAUGUGUAAUCACCUGAGUGCAGCCGUGAUGUCAUCACCUGGCACAGUUCAGAGAACUGGAGGAGGAUGAGGAGUCAGGCGCCGAGGAGGAAGAGGAGUUUAAUGAGGCUGCAGAUUGAGGAAGCAGCCAAUGUUCUCUGAUCAAACACUCUCGCUCCUUCAUCGGCCGGUCACAGAGCGCUUCAGGAACAACCGGAAACUAAUGAAGCGGAUGUUCAAUAAGAGUCAGCGAGGGGAUCAUCAGAGGUCUGAACACACACAUGAACAUAAACACACGGCUCGGGUCAUUAACCCAGGAGGAACACUUUCAUUAUCACAGAGUCCAGAGAGCUCAAAGAAACAUGUCAACAAACACAACAGGAAGGACACGUCAGCCUCCCCAAACACAUCCUCACAUUCCUGAGAUUAUAUCAACACACACACACACACACACACACACACACACACACUUAAACAAACCUGUCCUUCCACAAGGUCACAGCCCGCCCCUUUCAUCAGCACCCCCCUGCUGGUCAUGUGACCUCCCUCCUCUUAAGAUCGCCAUCUGACCCCUGAGAGAGAGACACAACGAGGAGUCCCAGCGACAGUGGAUCUUUCUGGAGAAGCCGAGGAUUGUGGGAGUUGCAGUUCUUCUCUCUGACAGCAGGAUGUUUGGCUCUGUGCUGCUCUGCUGUUGCUCCUUCACUCUGCUGCGUCUCUCUUCCGCUCUGGUUCACGGAAACGUCCCGCUGGAUGACGGUCCGGCAGCCGGGCGCCGCGCUGACACCUCUUACCUGUCUGACAUCAUAGAGAGAGGCCGCGCCCCUGAUCCGGUGCAUGACCCCGCCCUCCUAGCUGUGGACUCGGUGGAGGAUCACUUCCUGAUGGACGCCUACGACGAAGACUCGUCAGCAGGUCUGCAGCUGCAGGGUCGGGCCAUGCGUUCCCCUCGCCGCUGCAUCCCCCAUCAGCAGUCGUGUCUGGGUUACCCUCUGCCCUGCUGCGACCCCUGUGACACCUGCUACUGCCGCUUCUUCAACGCCAUCUGCUACUGCCGCCGGGUCGGCCACGCCUGUCCACCCAGACGCACCUGAUGAGAACCGGGUCUGCUGACGGGAAACCUGUUGAUGCUCUUUCUGUUACAUGUUGUAUAAAAUGUGUUCUUUGUGAAAUGA